AUGAAAUCCAAGAAGCGUCAUCACACAUCCUCUGAGGAUUCUGAGGAAUCUGAUGCAAGUGAAAAUAGCAGUUCUUCGGGUAGCGAGAGUGAUGAUUCUUCAGUGUCGGAACACCGCUACAACAAAAAGAAAAAGAAACGUGCUGAAUCUAGUGAAUCGGAGAGCGAUUCUGAAGACCAGAAACGCUCAAAGAAACGGAAGCAUAAGAAAAAGAAGAAGAAGCACAGUAAGAAAAAGAGGCGUUCAGACUCAGUGGAAGAAAGCGGAUCGGGCGCCGAAGAUGUGUCUUCAGUUAGUGAAGGUGAAAUAUCUUCCAAGAAGAAACGAAAACAUAAACGCAAACAUAAAAGACCACGCAGCACUUCCGCCGAUGCACAAGAUGAACAAACACAGCGCCGUUUGCAUAGCGUGGUUAAAGAACGUCGUGAGUCUUCAGAAGAAGCAAAUCCUCCAAUACGGUCAUAUUAUAACCAGAAAGAAUACCAAAGAUCAGUGUCUCCUGAAGAUUAUGAAAGAGAACGUGAAGUACAACGUUUUUACCGAGGAUCCAGCAAGGAAAGGAGGCAACAGUAUCAAGAGCAGUACCAACAAUAUGACAGAGAACACAAUGACAGGAAUCACAGAUAUGAAGACCAUAGGUCUCCUAAAGAAGAAUAUCAAAGGAGACCCAGAGAACAUGAGGAGCGCUUCCAUCCAAGGGAUGAUUCUAGAGGGUUAAACCGUUUUAAUCAGUUUGAAGAGCGCGGAGGCCCAAAAAGGCGGGAGUAUGAAGAUAGAAGAGAUUAUCGUGAAAGGCGAGGUCCACCAGACAACGACCGCUACCGCGAGAGGGACUAUCCAGACAGGAAGGAGAGGUUCCAUGAAGAUGGAUUUGUUUCUGAAAGUGUCCACUCUACAGAAAAAUAUAGUGAUCAGAGCAUGUCGGUGUUGCAAAGAUAUUUUAAUAUUUGCACCUUAAAUGAUACUUGCAAUAGGCAUGUGUGA